AUGCUCUUGAAUGGAUCUUCUUCGUUGAUUGUGGCUGGCGUGCCCCAGCGGCUCCCCGGCGUCCCUCGCUGGCUGCCUUUACCACCAUCUAACCCGAAGGUAUCUCCCGAUUUGACAGUCAAACCGCUCGGCGACCUAUUAUGCACGAUGCUCUAA